AUAUAAUUUGGUAUGCUGGUUCGAGUGACCGCCUUAAAAUCUUUUUAUUUAACAAUAAGCUGUGAUUUCCUCUUUUACACCUCUUUCCCAUUCUAGAGCAGUACAUAGGAUGGUAACCAUAUACGAAAUUAAUAUUAGUAAAGCUUUUUUGUUUUGUAAUGUAAGGGCUUCUCCUUCAAUCUCUUUAUCACUUUGACUCUUGGAAGCUUUUGUUGUCGAUUUCCAUCCCUAAAGGGUAUUUGAAGGAUUCAUCCUCUCUUGGUAUUUGUUGAUUGGGAGCAGGGCAGUCUCUCGCUAUCGACAAUCAACAGCCUCCAUCAUCACCAGCAUAUAUAUAUAUAUAUAUAUAUAUAUAUAAGAAAAUAGAAAAGGGAUGGUGAGUCCAUUAGGAGGGCAAGUAUGGAAGGAUUACGAGGACAUGGGACCUCCAUGGCUGAAACCAAUGCUGAGGGCCAGCUACUUCACUCCAUGUAGUGUUCAUGGAGAUUCCAAUAAGAGCGAAUGCAACAUGUUCUGCUUGGACUGCAUGGGCAACGCUCUUUGCUCCUACUGUUUAAUCCAUCACGGAGAUCAUCGUGUUGUUCAGAUAAGACGAUCCUCAUACCAUAACGUGGUGAGAGUGAAUGAGAUUCAGAGGUACAUAGACAUUUCGUGCAUUCAGACAUACAUCAUCAACAGUGCAAAAAUUGUAUUUCUCAACGAGCGACCGCAGCCCCGCCCAGGAAAAGGAGUUACCAAUACUUGUGAGAUUUGUUGCAGAAGCCUUCUCGACUCCUUUAGAUUCUGCUCAUUGGGUUGCAAGCUUGGAGGCAUGAAGCGUGGUGACCCAGAUCUUACAUUUACGCUGAGAAUGAAAAACAGUAGGGAUGGGGGGUUCCACUUCCACGGUGGGUCAGAGUCCGAUGAGUCAUCAACCCCAAAGAAGAUUCAGAAGAGGCAUAUUUUUAACGUGGAUGGCGGAGAGAGGUCAUGUAGCUCUGGUGACGACACCAAUAUUAACAGCAUUUCUCCUUCUACUCCCCCCAUUUUCAACCACCACAAUGCCAGGAGGAGAAAGGGUAUACCUCAUCGGGCUCCUUUUUAAGGUUGUUUCUACUUACUUUCUACCUACUCCCCCUCCAAACACCAAAAUACUCGGAAUAAUAUCUAACAUAUAGCUAGGCCCCGACUACGGCAACAAUUAAAUAGUACGGAACAAAACAUCAAUUAACAUGUUGGAUAAUGUAUACUGUUACCGCGUUGGUUUACCAUUGUAAAUACUGGGAGAAAAGGAGUAGCGUGCUGUUUUCUUUUUCGUUAUUCUUCCUUUCCUUUUAUACUAGUUUGGAGUAUAGAAAAUGCAUGGUUGUUUCUAUAUAUGUAUAUACUUAUAUAUUGUGAGUGAAAGAAGGCGAAAUGAAAUUAUGUGGCUUUUGGCUAAGCUAGGUUUGGUUUGUUGGGAAAGACGGCAAUAACGGAAUGGCAUUAUGAUGGCAUAUGUACAGAACAUAUUUUGUGCAUAUUAGAAUGGAUAGUGUUCCUUUUUAUAAAGUUAAUAUUCUGUUGA